GUGCUGAUUGCUGCAGAAGGAUAGUAAAAGAUAGAAAGUCCAAACUCGUUUCGUAUCAUAGCCUAAAACGGUUUUCAUCUCGCGCAGCAAAAAUCGACUUCACCGAGCUACCAACACUUCACAAAUCAUCUAUAAUAUAUAUAUUAAUAGAUUACUUUUAGAGACAUACUAUCAAGUUAUCUUUUCUCUCUGCAUAGUUGUCUACAGGGAAGUAGCGUUCAAGAUGAGUUACAACAACGAUCCGUACGUAGAUGAGGAAGGAGAGGCGUUGGUAGACUUUGAUGAGGAUGUCCGAUCUGAUCACGAGCAACAGGAACACUUCCUUGGCGACAAUCUGGACGAUGACGAUGCAUGGAAUCAGAGACAGCGUGAACGGUCACCUACCCCAGUGUAUGAUGAUCCUAACAAACCUAAGCCCAGGAAGCGGUUGAUUAAGAAAACUUCGGCUAGAGAGAGCACACCAGAUAUUGGCAUAGGGGAUGAGGAUGCUUAUGGCGGUGCUGCUGAUGAUGACAUGGCUGGCAUCGUGCGUGAUGAGUCGGACGACGGCGGUGGGAAGAGGAAGAGGUUUGGUAUGGAGUUUAGUGAAGAGAAAAGGAAGGAGAAGAAGAGGAGAGACAAAGGCGAGAAGAAGUUUAAGUUGAGGAGAAAUGGGGGUUAUGCUGGAGGAAGCAGGUUGAAGGAGCAGGAGGGUGAUCAGGAGAUGAAGGAGAUGUGGGAUACCAUUGCUGGUGGUGACUCUGAGGAUGACCGAGAAGGUCCGAAGACAUUGGAUGAUGAUAACUUCAUUGAUGAUAGUGGUGUGGAUCCAGCUGACAGGUAUGGAAGUGACAAUGAACCACGGUCUCCCAGCAGUGCACCACAGGCUGAAGAAGGGGAAGAGGAUGACGAAAUCAAGAAGCUCUUCAAGGGAGGCAAGAAGAAAAAGAAAACUGAAAAGAGUGCAGCAGAAAUUGCAUUGCUAGUAGAGAAUGUUAUGGCUGAGCUUGAAGUUGUUGCUGAAGAGGACGCGGAACUGAAUAGACAGUCUAAACCUGCUAUAAAUAAACUAAAAAAGCUUCCUCUUCUCAUAGACGUCCUAUCAAAGAAGCAACUUCAGCAAGAAUUUUUAGAUCAUGGAGUAUUGACUCUUUUGAGGACUUGGCUUGAGCCCCUUCCAGAUGGAAGCCUGCCUAAUAUAAACAUUCGUGCUGCAAUCCUAAAGAUCCUUACUGAUUAUCCUAUUGAUCUUGAGCAGUAUGAUAGAAGAGAGCAGUUGAAAAAGAGUGGUCUUGGAAAGGUUAUUAUGUUCCUCUCAAAGUCAGAUGAGGAGACUACAGCUAACAGGAAACUUGCUAAGGAUUUGGUUGACAAAUGGAGUCGACCAAUAUUCAACAAGAGUACAAGGUUUGAAGACAUGAGAAACUUUGAAGAUGAGAGAGCUGCUCAAUUUAGGCGGCCUUCCUUGAAAAAACCCAUGAAUAAAGCUUCAGGAGUGGAAUCCAGAGACGAUGACCUUGACUUGGCUGGAUUUUCACAGGGCCAAAAGUCUGGUCCGUCAUCUUCCAGGCAACUUACAUCAAGGCCUGAAGCAAUGUCAAUGGAUUUUCUGGUGCGUCCACAAUCUAAGAUUGAUCCUGAAGAAGUUAGGGCAAGGGCUAAAGCAAUGGUUCAAGACCAGCGCCGAAUGAAGAUGAAUAAGAAACUGCAGCAGUUAAAAGCUCCAAAAAAGAAGAAACUCCAAGCUACGAAACUCAGCGUGGAGGGUCGUGGCAUGGUGAAGUACCUCUAGGCUCUAGUUAUUGUGCUCACCCUUCUUAUUAGGGUAGAACAGCCUGUUGGCUCAGCUAUGCAACAGUUUCAUGCACUUGAAGAUGGGUGUUCUGUUCUUAGGAGGAUGUCAUCUUCCAUGUAAUAUGUUGGCAUGUCAGCCAAAUACCAAAUUUAGGUAAGGUGGCUGAAACCCAUUAUAUUUCAUAUCUCAGGUUCAACAAAUAAUGUUCCAAGUCAUUGGUGUAAUGAAAGUCGUGGCUGUUACUAUGAGUUAUGCAACUUGGUAUACAUAACUGCCGUUUGGGAUGUAUUAGGUUGUCUCCCUGUAUCUCUUUUGCCCAGGGGUUCUUCCCGUUCAUUUGCUUUUACAAGUAUUCCCCAUUGUAAUCAAAGUUCCAGAGCUAAACGAUUUCAUCAGAAUAAUUACAAAUCUAUGACCUUGACAUGUAAACUCUUGACAUGUAAUUUUGCUAACUAGCACAAUAUUUGAUUUGUAAAAUAAACGCUGCAUUGCUAAUGUAA